AUGAGCAGCAGCAGCAGCAGCAGCAGGGGGCCCCAUGAGCAGCAGCAGCAGCAGCGGGGGGCCCCACUCGCAACAGCAGCAGGGGCAGGGGGCUCCCACAAGCAGCAGCAGCAGCAGGGGCCCGACAAGCACCAGCAGCAGCAGCAGGGGCCCCCACAAGCAGCGGCAACAGCAGCAGCAGCAGGGGCCCCCACAAGCAGCAGCAGCAGCAGCAGCAGCAGCAGGGGCCCCCACAAGCAGCAGCAGCAGCAGCAGCAGCAGGAGGGGCCCCAGGCAGCCGCAGACAGUACAGACGGCGCAUGCAAACGGACUAGGGAAGAGAAAAGCAUUUUAAUGAAAAGAGGAAUUUAA